CUAUGGUUUGCAAGCAGAAGGCACUGGAAUUAUUACCUCAGGUGGAAGAAGUGGUGAGCUUAAUGAAUGAAGAUGAGAAGACAGUUGUUCAGCUUCAGGAGAAAAGACAGAAGGAACUAUGGAAUCUCUUGAAGAUAGCUUGUAGCAAAGUACGGGGUCCAGUGAGUGGGAGUCCAGAUAGCAUGAACGCAUCUCGUCUUAGUAAUCCUUCACAGUUAUUAUCUCAGCCUCCCACUGCUCCCAACAGCUUACCUGACUCAAUAAAGAAAAG